GAUGCAGAGGCCUCCAUGGCUGUGAUAAGCCUGCUGUUCUUGGCAGUUAUGUAUGUUGUUCACCACCCCUUGAUGGUCAGUGACCGGAUGGACCUGGACACUCUGGCCAGAAGUCGGCAGCUGGAGAAGCGAAUGAGUGAGGAGAUGCGCCAGUUAGAGACAGAGUUUGAAGAGAGAAAGCGAGCAGCUGAGCAGAAGCAGAAAGCAGAGAACUUAUGGAGAGGAGACACAUCUGGUGACCAGUUAGUGCUAGGGAAGAAAGACAUGGGGUGGCCGUUCCAGGCUGACAGCCAGGAGGGGCCUCUGGGAUGGAUGCUAGGAAACCUGUGGAAUGCAGGCCUCUUUUGCCUUUUUCUCGUCUUCGAGAUCCUGCGACAGAACAUGCAGCAUGAGCCGGCCUUUGAGUCCAGCAGUGAUGAAGAGGAGGAGGAAGUCCGUGUUGUGCCUGUCACCUCUUACAACUGGCUCAGUGACUUCCCCUCCCAGGAGGCCCUGGACUCCUUUUACAGACACUAUGUCCAAAAUGCCAUCCGUGACUUGCCUUGCACCUGUGAAUUUGUGGAGAGCUUUGUGGAUGAUCUCAUUGAGGCCUGUCGGGUGCUCAGUCGCCAGGAGACUCACCCACAGUUGGAGGACUGCCUGGGCAUCGGGGCUGCCUUUGAGAAAUGGGGAACCCUCCACGAGACCCAGAAAUUUGAUAUCCUCGUGCCCAUUGUCCCCCCGCAGGGCACUAUGUUUGUCCUGGAGAUGAGGGAUCCGGCCCUAGGCCGCCGCUGUGGCUGUGUGCUGGUGGAGUCAGAAUGUGUGUGCAAACGUGAGAAACUCCUAGGAGACGUGCUGUGCUUGGUGCACCACCACAAGGUGUUGGGGAAGUGUAGCAGCUCCAUCAAGGCAGCUCUUUGCACCGGCUCUCACCUGGAUGUGUGCAAGACCAUGCAGUGGUUCCGAAACAUGGUGGGCAAUGCCUGGACCCUUGUGGCCCACAAGUAUGACUUCAAGCUCAGUCUUCCACCAUCUACCACCACCUGCAAGCUCAGGCUGGACUAUCGCUCAGGCCGCUUUCUCUCAAUCCACUUGAUCCUUGGGGUCCAACGGGAGGACACCUUGGUCUACCUGGUGAGUCAGGCCCCUGACCAGGAACAGCUCACCAGUAUGGACUGGCCUGAGUCCUUUGCAGCCUGUGAGCACUUGUUUCUGAAGCUGGUAGGACGUUUUGCCCCCGAGAACACCUGUCACCUCAAGUGCCUCCAGAUCAUUUUAAGUCUCCAGGAGCAUCAGAGCUUACCCCAUGGGGCAUCUCGCCCCAUUCUCACCUCUUACCACUUCAAAACAGCCCUCAUGCACCUGUUGCUAAGGCUGCCUCUAACAGACUGGCAGCACAACAUGCUCUGUCAGCGGCUCCAGGACAUUCUUUGGUUCUUGGGCCGUGGCCUCCAGCAAAGGUCUCUUCAUCAUUUCCUCAUUGGUAACGCCUUCCUGCCCCUGACCAUCCCCAUCCCUAAGACAUUUCGGAAUGCUGAGCCUGUCAAUCUCUUCCAGCACCUGGUGCUGAACCCCAUGGCACAUUCACAGGCAGUGGAAGAGUUCCACAACCUUCUGACCCAGGUGAAAACUCUGCCCUGUGCCCCAUUGGUUGGGGCACCUUAA